AUGAGCAAUGUUCAUUUUUUAUCAUGGGCUGAGCAGCAGACUCUAUUCAAGUUAUCUUGUGCUGAUGCAGAAACCUGCAGUCAGUUAUCGAGCGUGGACAACCCAUUUCCCUCUCUCCAAAGAGCCGAGACUGAGCUCGGAACGAAGAAAAUGGCUAUCCCACGCCUUGCAGAAGGAUCAGAAUCGGCAUUCACCUCACCCGGUAGAUUCCAUCGUCGACAUGUUCGUCGAGCAUGCGAGUCUUGUCGGCAGAGAAAGACCAAAUGCACUGGUGACAAGUCUGGCUGCCGCAACUGCCGAGAGGCUGGCAUCAUCUGCUGCUACACGGACGGCAAAAGAGAGAAGUCGAAACGACAACUAGCGAGUCUCUCGUCAAAGGUGCAAGCAUACGAAGAUGUCAUAAAAAAACUGAGCAGCCGCUUCGGAGUGUCUGAUGAACAACUCGUGAACAUCGCUCUAGCAGUAGACUCGACUUCCGAUUUAUCUCUUAAUCCCGAAUUCAGCUCGGGCACGACGGGAGAGCGCAAGAUGGUCCUUGGAUUAGGAUCAGAAGAACCCCCUGAUCAAUCCGCCCCCGGUGAUCCUCUCGAUUUCAUCGACCAUACAGAAGAGGACUUUAACAAAGAUGAAACUACCCGGGCCACUGGAUUUAUUGGAAGAAGCUCGGAGAUCGCAUGGCUCCAGAAGCUGAAAAAAGAAGUCAACAGUGAGUGUGACGGAUGGCCUUCCACCAUGUCUAAUACGGACGAUGAAAAUGGUCUACCGUCUCCCACCUUGACUCCUCGGCCCGACGAUCCAAGUGAGCUCAGGGUAGCGCCCACCAACUAUUAUCUCGAUGAUCUGGAUGUAUCGAUUACUGAGCCAGUCGAUGCUUACGGGGUGCCAUCGCGGGAAACAGCGAUGAAAUUGCUCAAUGCAUACCUGACCUCGGUGCACCCAUCGUUCCCGAUCAUUGGGAUCCUCACUUUCGUCUCGCAGUUCCAGGUCUUUUUCAGUCAGCCAUCUUUGAAGCCUGGAAAUAAGUGGCUGGCCAUUCUCAACUUGAUCUUCGCUAUCGCAGCCAAACAUGGUCAGUUGAUGGAGGGGGAUUGGGAGGAUAAAGAGGACAAUCACCAGCUGUACUUUGCACGUGCAAGGAUGCUCAGCAUGGAGGACCAGCUCUUGCAGCAUCCUGAUUUGCAGCAGUUGCAGGUCGAAGGUCUUGCCUGCUUCUACAUGAUUGCAUCUGGACAUAUUAACCGAGCCUGGAAGCUGUGUGGAAGUGCAGUCCGUGGGUCGCUGGCUCUGGGUCUGCACCUACGCAAUCUGGGACCCUGUACUUCGGACAGUUCCAAGGAAAUACGAUACCGUGUCUGGUGGUCAUUGUACACGGUUGAACACCUCCUCACUGUCAUCACCGGACGUCCAUCCUGCAUUAUCGACAGCUCCUGCACUACACCUUUGCCUGUACCGUUUGAUGAAAGUGACUUCCAAAAAGAAGAAGUGGCACAUACGAUCAGUGCUGCUGGACGAGCCGCAUCCGAUAGUCUGGAUCGAGUGCCUUUCAACAACAGUGCAGCCAACCUGGACUCGAAUACGGACGAUGACGCCUGCGACAGUCCUGCGGAGUAUGAGACUAAGAUGACCAGGGCUGAAUACUUGAAGAGUCUUCCGCCGUGCAUGUCACUUUUCUUUUUGCAGCUGACAUCCUUGACGACUAUCUCCAAGCGCAUGACAAUCAAGUUAUAUAGCCCAGAGGCGCUGCAGUCUCCCUGGGCAAGUACCGAGUUUACGAUUCAAAGCUUGAUGCUGGAGAUUGAUUCCUGGUUCAUGAAUCUUCCAUCGGCUUACGACUUUACCUCGACACAGACUUCUCAAUGUCUUUUGGGCCAGCGAAUGGGGCUUGCCUUCCUUUUCUACAGCACCAAGAUCGGCAUCACCAGACCCUGCUUGCGCCGGCCAGAAGCCUCACCACAAGAGGGCGACAGGGCACACGAGUUCUGCAGCAAAACUGCUGCAGAUUGUGUCGAGUCGGCCUGCCACAUGCUAACUCUGUUUCCAGAUGCUCCAGACGCAGCCCUGCUGCACCGAAUCACUCCCUGGUGGUGCACCCUCCACUAUCUCAUGCAGGCUUCUACCAUUCUUCUUUUGGAACUCUCCUUUCGGGCACAGCAUGUCCCUGAGAAAGCAGCAAUGGUCUCAAAAGCCGCCAAAAAGGCAAUUGACUGGCUAUCGACACUGUCCAAGAUGAACGAUGCCUCCGAGAAAGCCUGGAAGCUCUGUGAUGGGUUCCUCCGCCGCCUCACGCCCCAUAUUACAAUCAACGAGAGCGAACUCUCCGAGAACGAGGAAUCCUCUGCCAACUCCCUUCUAGACGAGCCUGAAAUGGAAGAGCCGGACAUUGGUGAGCCUGAUAUCGCCGAGCUGAGCGCGAUAUCUAAUGAUCAGGCCUUGGACGACUUGUCAUUCGGCGCAUCUGAGAUGCUGCCCCUAGCAUCCGCAGCUGAAAUGGAUACAAUCGCUGCAGAGAUGGACUCGAUUGCCUGUUCGCCGAUGGAGCAAUCGGGAACACCUCCUCUCGGCAUGCCAGUGCCUUGCAGCUUCGAGCCUCCUGAUAUACUAGAUCCGUUUAUAAAGCCGGAGAAGUCUUCAUACGAUGACUACUUCCCCUAUGACCCGGUAACACGACAGCUCACUGGGUCUUUCUUCCCAACUGGAUCCAAUGUGGAUCUUGAUCUGGGGUAUUUUUAUGGUGAUGCUGUGUGUUGA